UCCCUCAAACAAUGGAAGUGUCCUUUCUCCCUACUCCAGAGAAUGAGUGCAACAGGCGGACAGAAGCGCGCUUCACUGUCCGCUCAGCCAGCUCCCCCUCAUAUGGUCUCUCUCGCAAGCCAGGUUUUAGGAGACAGAGAGGUUUUUCUGAGGAGGAAAAAAUGGGUGAUGAAGAAAUGGGACAAAAGGAGACGUAUGGGACAAACUCUGGAGCACAUUUUACAAACAUGGAGAACGGAAUAACAAGAUAUCAAGCCAGCAAUGUCAGAGGUCAGCACGAGAUGAAGGAAACAUCAGACCAAGGAAUGUCCCUCAAGCUAAAGCAGAAUGGCACAGGAGACAGAAUGAUAACAGGUGAAAACUCUGCAUUUAUAAGCCGAGGCAGGACAGAGUGGAGGAAAUCUAACGUGACUAGUAGAAGUAAAAGUUUAGAUUGGAGGAGAGAGGACAGAAGUCCUGUUCGUAGCCGCAGGACUGACAUACUGCCCACAACAAGAGGAGAUGGCAUGAAUACUCUGGCAGGAGGCUUAGAUGAAAGAAGGAUGGGAGCUGAAACUGUGAGGGGCAGGAUGUCUUCAAUGCAAGUCUACAACUCUGCAGGUAGAACUAAUGCUGUUCAAGAGAAAAGCCCGGUGAGUCCCCUAAACCAGACUCUGGAAAGAGUCAGUCGGGGUCACUCCCUCCCCUCCAGGUUGAAGUCCCAGUCUCUCACAGAGACCUCCUUUGGGCCGACAGGAGGUCAGAGCAUACUGGAGCGGAUAGAGAAACUCUAUGGGUCUGCUGGUUUUAGUAAAGCUGAAGAUUACAACACAUUAAGAGAAUACCCCACUACUGUAACAGAAUCCAUUACUUCUUCAAAGUGGAGGUCAUUUGAGGGGGGAGGCGGCGGAACCUUCCCCAGGCGUUUCUCAGCAGGAGAGAAAAAUAGCCUCAGCCCAAUUCAAAGCAUCAAGUCUUACAGCUGGACACCUCCAAAAGACACGUCCAAUACAGAGAGUUUACUUUCACCAGGGAGAAGCAGGAGAUUGUCAGGGGGACUGUGGCAGGGGAAAGUCCAGAGCAGGUAUUCAGAGGCAAGUGCAGUUACCUGGGAGGGUAAAGGGUUAGUAGACAUAGGCACAAGGUCUCUGGAUAGGGCAAGGAGUAGGAACACUGUAGCAGCUCAGAUUAGAUCUGCCAGGGCUGCGGGAGGGAUUAGAGCAACUCCUGACACAAACUGUGUCUUAGAAGAGGAAACAGUGCCUUUUAAAGAGUCAUUUGAUUUCAAAGCAAACAAGAGUGUGGAUCAAGGCACGGUGAACUACGAAAAGGAAGAAAUUGAGACAAAUAGACCAAAAGAAACAGAUUCUGGCACAAAAGAAAAAAGUGAAAUGAAGAGUGAUAUCCCGGAUGAUGUAUUUGACUCAAGUCCAAGUAAAAUUACACUCAAAGCGAUAGAGAAGAAGAACUCAUCAGAGGUUUCCUCCAUAGCGAGUGUGAGGAAUAAGAUCAAUCAGUUUGAGGCUCUGUCACAGAGAUCAGCAGGACAGCUCCAGGUGCCCAGAAGAGCCUUCUCUGUGCCAACACAACACUUAAGGACCCAUGAUGGAGUGAAGAAGAGUGGAUCAGCCAAAGCAAUAGGUGGACUGAGAGAUAAGUGGGAGGUAUUGGGAGAGGGAGGGGAAGAGAAGGUUUUAGGAGCAGGAAAGAAGUACCUGUUAGAAAGGUUUAUAUCAGAGGAUGUGGUUGGACUACGAAGGGAAGAGAGCAAAGGGAAUGAUUUGGCUGUGAAUGAAAGAAAAGAAAAGGAUUGCGCAGAAAACCCAUCUGAAGAUUUUGGCAAAUAUUGCAGACUUAAGAGUACACUCAGAAUUCCUCUAAACAUAGGAGCUCAAACGAAUCGUAGAAAUAUUUACAUAGAUGAGACCGAUUUCUCAAAAGUCUCAAGCCCAGAGGAAGCAGGUGAGAAGCAUAAAAAAGCCAGUGAUACAACAUAUCUGCUUCAGCCUGAUUCCAGCGCCAAUUCCUCUAGUGUGCAGAAACGUAUAUUGACUUCAUCUGUUGCUGAUGAUGAUGACAAGACUCCAACAAACACACCCAACCACUCACCCUUUCUUUCACCUGCCACACACCAAGAAAACUCCUUUCCCAUGGCUGAUACCUGUGACAGUUCCUCAGGCCUCACACAAUCAGCACAAACUCCCGAUCCAGACUCCCCAACUCUCUCUCCUCCCCUCGCCUCCUCCAUCCUCAUCAACCUCCCCGAUUUCAUUUCUCCAGCGGACAGCACAGCACACCAGAAGGGGAAGAAACAGGCACUGGACCUCGAUGCUUGGGUCGCUGGAUUGAACUCAGCGAUUAAGGUCUGGAAUGCAAAAGAAGAUUACGGGGAUGACGACGAUGAAAGUACGCAAAAGGAUGAAGAUUCAAAUUAUGAUUCAGAUUCUGGAGAGUCUUCUGUGACCAUCACCAGCAACAUGAGCCAGUCCGAUCGAAAGAGCUUCAGUGUCAGUCUUUCAGACCUGUAUAACUUUGCGGGGGUUGACUAUGAGUCAGAAAAUGACAGUGAUGAGUGGCAACCAACAGGCCGACGGUCCGCUUCUCUGAGCUCAGACGUGUCUGCCCUUUCCUAUGUGUCAGUGCUGCCCAAUGAAGAGCUUGACAAGCUGCUGGAGGACGUGAGGAACCUCGGGGACAAUAGUCAGCAGGACUAUGAUGCAGUGCAGGUGGUUGUCCUCCAUAAGGAGAUGGGAGUGGGUCUGGGCUUCAGCGUGGCAGGAGGCGUGGACCAGAACAAGCCAGUCACUGUCCACAAGGUGUUUCACUCAGGUGUGGCAGCUCAGGAAGGCUCUAUAAGGCAAGGACACCAGGUGCUGUCAAUCAACGGCACAGCGCUGUCUGGACACGCGCACUGGGAGGUUCUAAGGGUGCUGAGGAGGGCUAAGACUCGUGAGAUGGGAGUGGUGGUCCUAAGGAGGGGAGAUAUUAGUGACGUCUCAAAGAGUGGAGUGCAGACAAGUAUUCAGGGAUCGACACAGACUCACGUCGCUGAGGCAGGUGAGGACAUGUGCGUGCGCCUGGAGAAGAAUGACAGGGACCUGGGCUUCAGUCUGGAAGGUGGUGUAGGAUCCAAUCUGGGAAACAGACCCCUCACUGUACAGAGGGUCUUCCAGGGCGGUCCUCUUGAUAAGGUGUGUCCUGGUGAUGAGAUCCUAGAGAUUGAAGGUAUGAGCAUGGUGGGGAUGAGGCGCCUGGAAGCCUGGACUCUGAUCAGAAAACUCCCCCCCGGGCCUGUGGACGUGGUGCUACGCCGCCCACUGAAACAUCUGGAAACCAAAGCCCUUUGCCAACAGUAAAUUUCAGGGAAUGUUGACAAACUGAAAAAAGACAAAAAAAAAAAAGAGACUUUAAGUUUAUGAGAAACAUGACACACUGUGGCUUUGAGUGUUACAUAAAUCACCCACAGUAGGUUAUUUGUGCCAUUAAAACAAUUUGUUAACAUCAUUUGUAUGACUAAGCCCUGAAGGAAACAGGAUCCUGAAGGCCAAAAGUUUGUGGAUUUUGUUCUCUCUGUUACAGGAUCACAUCUACCUCAAGGUCUGUGAUAUUUACAGUAUGUAUCAUAAUUAAAAUGCACUAUUAUCAGAUCAAAUCAAAUACUGUAUUUACCACAGCAGCCACCUUUUAUUCACAUAGUUUUCAUGGUCAGUUAAAAAGUCAUAGUGUCACACUGUACAUUUAAAUACAUGUUGUAACAUAUUGUUAAUACAUUGCCAAAUGCAUUUAGACAGUAUUUAGCUUUUUUUUUUGUUUGUUUGUUUUUAAAUAAAUCCUAACAAAUCGA